AAACUCAGACGCAUCCUCCUAUCCACCAACCCUCUCUAAUCCACAUGCAUCAAUAGGUUCUUCAUCUCACAGUAAUGAUACUGUUUCUCUGGUCACCAGCCACAAGUUCAAUGGCCAUAAUUAUCUUCAGUGGUCACAGUCAGUAAUGAUGUAUAUCGGUGGAAAGGGGAAGGAAGAAUAUCUCACAGGGGAGAUUGAGACUCCAAAACCAGACGAUCCAAAGUAUAAAAAUUGGAAAACAGAUAACCACAUGAUCAAAUCUUGGCUGGUUAGUUCAAUGAAUAAUGAUAUAGGAGAAAAUUUUCUUUUAUAUUCGACAGCCAAGGAACUUUGGGAUGCUGUCAAAGACUCUUAUUCUAGUUCUGAUAAUACAUCAGAAUUAUUUGAGAUUGAAGCUGCUCUUUAUGAUCUCCGCCAAGAAGAUACUACAGUCACACAAUAUUUUAACACUCUUACUCGUUUUUGGCAUCAAUUAGAUUUAUUUGAAACUUAUUCUUGGAAGUGUGCAGAUGAUACUGCUCUAUACAGGAGUAUUGUAGAGAAAAGGAGAUCUUUCAAAUUUCUUCAUGGUCUCAACAAGGAACUUGAUGCUGUCAGGAGUAGGAUCAUGAGUAUCAAGCCACUUCCAACCAUCAAAGAAGCAUUCUCAGAGGUUCGACAUGAAGAAAGCAGAAAGAAGGUCAUGAUGGGCGCUUCUCCUCUUCCUUCUACCCAAGAGUCCUCUGCUCUUGCUGCAAGAGGACAGCAGAAGGGUCGACCAUGGUGUGAUCACUGUCGCAAACCUGGGCAUUUCAGAGAAACUUGCUGGAAACUUCAUGGAAAGCCUGCCGAUUGGAAGCUGAAAUCAUGGAAAGACAAAGAGAGUCACGGGAACGUCGCUGCCACUCUAAAUACUGCUGCUGUUAUAGGAAAUGGGGACACAUCUGAUUCAUCACCAUUCACUAAAGCGCAGCUAGAGGCACUUCAGAAACUCCUAAGUCAGUCACACAUCACUGCAAAGCCUGAUACUACACCUGGUACAGGACAUUUGGCCAUGAAAGGAAUUGGAUUCGGGGAAGAUGAUUGGCAGUGCUAAGAUGUGUUCUGGGCUCUAUAUCCUACAAGAUUACACUCCAUCCGUUAGGAUAGCUCCGAAAUUCAGUUUGUUUUCUUAAAAUAAUCAGUCUAUUUCAAA